AAGAGGAAGGGAGAAAUAAAUCAAAACGUGGAGAGAAUCUCGGGGAGCUGAAGAAAGGACGGGAGAGAAAGAAGCUGACACCCGGCAGAGAUGGGGGAGCAGCCAAUCUUCAGCACCAGGGCCCAUGUUUUCCAGAUUGACCCUGCCACCAAACGGAACUGGAUCCCUGCCAGCAAGCAUGCCUUGACUGUCUCCUAUUUCUACGAUGCCACGCGCAAUGUGUACCGGAUCAUCAGUGUGGGGGGCACCAAGGCCAUUAUCAACAGCACUAUCACCCCCAACAUGACCUUCACAAAGACAUCUCAGAAAUUUGGACAAUGGGCAGACAGCCGAGCCAACACAGUGUAUGGGUUGGGCUUUGCUUCGGAGCAACACCUCUCCCAGUUUGCUGAGAAGUUCCAGGAAGUGAAAGAAGCAGCCCGUUUGGCAAGGGAGAAGUCCCAGGAUAAAACAGAGCUGACCAAUCCUGCCCUGAAUAUCACAUCUCACCAGGUACUUCCCAGCCCCAUCAUCAGCUCCAAUGGCCCAGGAGAAGAUAAACUAUUCCGGAGCCAAAGUGCUGACGUUGAGAUAACAACAGAGAAGGAGCGGCUGAAGAAGAUGCUUUCAGAAGGUUCAGUGAGUGAGGUCCAGUGGGAAGCCGAAUUCUUCAGCCUCCAGGACAACAACAACAAGCUUGUGGCUGCUCUCCAUGAAGCCAACGCCAACGUGGACCAGUGGAAGAAGCAGCUGGCUGCUUAUCAGGAGGAGACGGAAACGCUGCGGCAGCGGGUAGCGGAACUGGAGUCACAGGGAGCUCACGAUUCCUCCAGUGAGAACAACAAGGAAGAGCUGAGCCAAACCCUGGAGGAGCUGGAAAUGCUGAUCAAGGCUAAAGACGAGGAGAUUCAGAUGCUAAAGAGCCAGAAGUGUGGCCGAUGGGAAGCAGAUGGUGAGCGUGAGGAGACACUGCAGAAGCUGCAGGAGCUGGAGGCACGCAACACUGAGCUGGAGCAGCGCCUUCACCUGGCCGAGCAGACGCUGGCGGAGACCCUAGCUGAGAGGGAGAAGAUCCAGAACGAGGUCACCAAGGUGGCAGAGAUAAUGGAUGUGAAGAUAUUUGAGCUCAGUGAGAUCCGUCAAGGACUAGCCAAGCUGGUAGAGAGCAACUGAACAGCAGCACACUCAGAGGAGGCACCUCCAGAGGAGGGGAGCCCGAGCUGGGACAGGUCACUGACAGCAGUUACAGUCACAGAACAGCCUCCAGGUCUGUUUGGGCAGGAUACGCCAACAUACCAGCAGCUGCCUGGACAGUGUGGAGCCCAGCCGCAGCCACCUACUGCCCACUGAACACCCAGACAGAGGGCAGAGAGGACCUGAGCUCCUCAGUCCUCUACAGGGAGCACCUACACAGACCUCUCUGGACCUUGCCAUGGCUGUGGCAUGGUCCAGAGACAGCAGCUGUCUCCUUGCUGCCUUCCCAGCCUCCCUGCUGCCACACUGUGUCUCCAGCGUUUUUACAGUUUUCUAGGGGAAGAAGCUGAGCAGCCUUCGCAUUUUUUUCAGUAGUUUUUUUAGGAAACCACUUGCCUUUUGCAAAUAAGCUGCCUGUUUCCCCACCUAGGGCGGGAGGAGAAGUUCUAGCACGCACACCAAGGAUGACAGUUGCUCCUUUUCCUCUUCCCCAGCCCUAACUACGUUGUGUCUUUCCAACAGGAUCCAGUAACACUGGUCACUGUCAGCAACUUCCAGAGGUAGCAGAGUCCCCACUGCAGAGAAGGGUGCUCGCUUGACCCUGUGUCCUUUCUGCUGUUCAGUCACAUCCACAAGAGGAAAAGGAACUGCAGGUUUUAAAGCUCUUUCUAGUUUAACACAGUGGGAUUUAACGACUCCUUUAAGCUGAGAAGAGUAGAGGCUUGAUUGGGAAAAGGGGCAUUUGAGAAAUGGGACAUCCCUGAGGGGGUGGCCAACAAACUGCUAGAUUGGCAUCUCUCCCAGCCUCUAAGGGCUGCAGUUAAUUGAAAUUAAAUGGAGCAAAUCAC